AAUGCAAUCUCUAGUUGAGAAUGAUGACAUCUACUUAGAACCUAUCAAGAAGAAACCAAAAAUCUAAGAAGUGAUAAAAACUAAAUAACCUGAAAGCAAUUAAAUCAUUAAAAAAAAACCUACUGCUAUUCCAAUCAAAUACGUUCCAGAUUUAAGAGCUUAAGCAUCAUUAUUAGAAUCAUUGAAGAUCAUUGAAAAUAUAUAGCCAGAUACUAUGUCAUCAAGUCUUAAGAGUGAUUAUACAGAAUGGACUCAUUAGGAUUUUAUGUUUUAACUCAGUCUGUAAUCCAAUUAAAUACAUCCUGAUUGUGUUGAAAGAUUAAAUUAGUAUUUUCGAGACUUCAAUCAAAAGUGUAAAAUCUAUCCAUACAUGCAUUAUGUUGAUUUGAAGCCAGAUAAAGAUCAUAUUGUAAAUAUGCAUCCUCCUUUUCAAUAUUAAAAAGAUGAAUUUAUUGAAAAUUGUAUUAGACCAAGAGUUAUUCCAUUAGUAAAGCCACCUCCAAAACCAAAUAUCAAAAUAAAAAUAGAGUCGAAAUGA